AUUUUUUUCAUUCAACACAUUUUGUUUAAUUUACCGAUGGUCGUUGAAGUUUCUCUUAACCUUGCGUCUAUAGCUAAGCCCGCUCUCCAUGCUGCCAAAUAUCCGCACAGCGCGAUAAAUGGGUUGUUUCUUUGCGAUAGGAAUGACUCAACUUCUAUAAAUGUUGUUGAUUGUAUACCCCUCUUUCAUUCUGCUCUUUCACUUGUUCCCAUGCUGGAGAUCGCGUUCUAUCAGAUUGAGUCGUACUGCAUUCGCCAGGGUCUAAGAAUAUGCGGAUACUACCAGGCUAAUGAGAAUAUAAACGAUAACACGUGA